AUGCAGGGGGCCAUGGCACUGACUCGCCUCUUCGUCGUCCUCCUCGGCACCGCAUUGCCUCUACUCUUCUUCUCCCCUGCGGAUGCCGGCGAGGUGGGGGUGAGCUACGGCAGGUUGGGGAACGACCUCCCGGACACGGCGUCGGUGGUAAAGCUGCUGAAGAAGAGCGGCAUCACCAUGGUGAGGCUGUACGACGCCAACCCAACGGUGCUCGGGGCCCUGGCCAACACCGGCAUCAAGGUGAUGGUGAUGCUCCCCAACGACGACAUCGCCGCCGCGGCCGCGGACCCGUCGAGCACGCUCCGGUGGGUGCUCAGGAACGUGGCGGCGCACUACCCCGCCACGCGGAUCCACGGCGUAACCGUGGGGAACGAGGUGUUUGAGGAGGCCAGGAACCUGACGCGGCAGCUCGUCCCGGCCAUGGCCAACGUGCACGCCGCGCUGGUGAAGCUGCGCCUGGACGAGGCCGUGAAGCCCAUGCUCGACUUCCUGGAGCGGACGGGAUCCUACCUCACCAUCAACGCCUACCCCUUCUUCGCGUACCUCGAGCAGCCCGACAAGAUCUCCCUCGACUACGCCCUGGGGAGCUCCAUGGCCGGCGUGCGCGACCCCGUGACCGGGCUCGUGUACCACAGCCUCCUGGACGCCCAGCUCGACGCCACGUACUUCGCCAUGGAGAAGCUGGGGUCAUCAGCAGGUGUGCGGGACGAAGGAAACUCUUCUCUGGGGCGAAGCGGGCGACCCCGUGCGCGCGCGUAUGUUUCGGAGAGCGGCUGGGCUUCCCGCGGGAGACGCAGGCCCGGGAGGCGUUUGGAAGCGGAUGGGGAUGGAGCCCCGGCGGCGGCGGCCACGAUAGCCAACGCCAAGGCGUACAACAACUACCUCAUCAACCGCGUGCUGUCCGGCGACACGGGCACGCCGUACCGCCCCGACGUCGACAUGGACGUGUACAUCUUCGCCCUGUUCAACGAGAACCAGAAGGGUUGGGGAGCCGACGACAUCGAGCGGCACUUCGGCCUGUUCUACCCGAACCAGACGAAGGUGUACGAGUUCGACUUCCACGGCGGCGCGCUACCGAGCUGGUGCGUGGCGAACGCCGGCGUCAGGGACGCGCGGCUGCAGGCGGCUCUGGACUACGCGUGCGGCCACGGCGCGGACUGCAGCGACAUCCAGCCCGGCGCGCCGUGCUUCGAGCCCAACACCGUGGUUGCACACGCCUCGCACGCGUUCAAUAGCUACUACCAGCGCCAAUCACCGGGCCAAGGCGGCGUGCAACUUCGGCGGCGCCGCGUCCGUCGUCUACCACCAACCAAGUGA